AAAUCUAGGUCACAACUUCCAGUUUAACCCAUACCACAGAAAGAGCCACCAUGAUUCGCAACGCAAACACAGCCAACAGAUCAGAUGGCUACAGAAAUGAUAAGCGAUUAUAUGCAUUAACACGUUUAAAUGAAGAACGGUUAGCAUAUGUCAUGUCGCGGGUUGUUGGCAAGGAUGUAUUAGUAAAUAUGGUCAAUGGACAACUGAUUAAAGGAAGAUUUCACUCAUUCGAUACAUUGAACCGCCAGAAUACCAAAGUACUAGAUAUAGCGCUACAGAAUGCAAGAGUAGUACAAAAUAAGAAGGACGAAGGAAAAGGCGGUGUACCUAUGAUAAUUCAGGGUCUCGAAUAUAACUACAUAAUGGCUAAGGGUGUUCACCUUGGAAAUGGUGGUAGCAGGGACCCUAAGUUCUCCGCAGCCAAUGUAUCGGGGAGUUCUUCAGCAGAAACUUCCACAUCUACCGGUAAACGCCAGGGCGCAGCUAAAUUCAAAACUGAUGCCGAGAUAUCUAAAUCAAAAGGACAAAGACAGGAUGAUAAGCUGGUGGAAUGGAAAUCAGAAGGACCAGUGGACGAAUCUAAGCUGUGUUCACUGGAUAAUGAAAGUAAAACUGAAUGGGAUCAGUUUGAAUCUAAUCGUAAAAAGUUCGGUUUGGAAACCACUUACGAUGAAAAUGUAUAUACCACUGAGUUGAACCUAAGCGAGGUAUCACAAAAGGUACAGGACCAGGCCGCAAAGAUUGCCUCCGAAAUAAUGGGCCCACAUGGCCAAGGCGGCUAUUCACAACUGGAAACUUAUCUAGAACAGGAUGAUGAUACUGGUGAAAAUCCCGAAGCUGAAACUGUAGUAAAGAAAACGUUAGCACGUAGCAUGCGCGAGCAGAAACGUGAAGAAAAAGGAGCUCCCACACCUAAAUCGAAGUCACGUGGUGAUGCUGCUGGUUCUAAAUCUGAAAGUAAACAAAAAUCUCAUGCUGCUGAUGAAAAACGCAGUGAACACACCCCCGAUAACGACAAGAAGGCUGAUAAGCCGGCGUCAAAGGAUAGAACAGAGGAAAAGUCAACCAGUAAGCAUGCGGGUCAUGAUACCAAACCAACAACACCUGCUAGUUCAACACCUAUACAAGCUCCACCCAAGAAAUCCUUCGAAUUCAACCCUAAUGCGUCAAGUUUCACGCCUAUUUCGUCUAUUCAAGGUUCAAUUCAUAUGGGAGCUGCGGUUCCCAGUUCAGUUGCAACACAUGUGCCUCCAAAGAUGGCAAGCGAGUCACCCACUGCUAAUGAUGUACCAUCAUCGCAGAAAAUAAAGGAUAAUGCACCUAUUUCCUCACAAGCCAACAGCAAGUUUUACGCAUUCUCGCCCAUGAUGGAAUAUCCCAAGCUGGACGUAUCGUCGUACACCAACCGCAAUUGGCCUCACGCGGAUCAGUACUUUGAUGAAAUGUGGCCCAAUUGCAGUGAAAUAAGCUACCGCAACUUAUUGGGAGAUAUGAGUAUGAUGCAUCACAUGGCGGGGGUUAUGGCAAUGAGACCGCAACACGCAAUAAUACCAUCAGCAGGAAUGGCCGCAGUAAUACUACCACAAGGAACACCAAUGGCCUACCCGGCGUACCAUAUAGGAGGGAUACCGCUUAACAUGCUACCUUACGGACGACAAAUGACACCCAAGUUCUAUACCUCACCUAGGCAAUCACACCAGGCGAUGCAACCACUACCUACAACGAGAAGGCCUUAUAAUAUGGUAAAUCAACCACCAACGAAGGCAAAGGCUGAUCGGAACACCAAUGCAUCGAAUGCAAGUUGAAACAUGGUUACAUCGUUGAAUCCGUAAUAUGUAUAGGACAACCCCCGAUGUGUAGCAACUGCCAUUAAGA